CUGCAUUGAAAAUGAAAACAGUGCAGAACCUUAAUACUGUCAGUAAGCAAGAGUCUUGCAAUGAAGUCACGCAGACCUGGCUUAAAUUAAUCCAUAAUGAUUGGGCUUAGCUUUGGUGCGUUUCAUUGCAUUUUCUUUGUAGUUAGGUUGAUUUCACUUCCUCGAUUAACAUGACCUGUAUAUACAUUCUGUUAAAUCCAUCCCCACCAUAUUUAGCUUCUAUCAGGAGAGCAAAACCGCAGACAGCAGCAGAAGCGAGAUGCUGCGGAGAGGAAAAUAUGCUGGACAAAGUUGCAUGCUAGAACACAAUUUAUUCUCAAUGAGAGCGGCGGACACAACCCUGUAAAUCUGCCGUCAAUGUGCAAUAUAUAUGCACUCGGUUUUGCUUGCAGCAGGCAAAAAUGGGCCAGCUGAUGAUGCAAUCUUUCACCUUUUUUCAUCUUUUAAAUUGCAUUUUAAUUUACUUUCAAUAUCCAGCCAAGAAGUUAAAGAAAAAAGGGAUGUAAUAGAUGAACUGGAGCACAAAAAGACAAGCGAUGCUCUCCCGUCCUCAGCCCGUAUUGAUUUUAUGAACUCCACUCUCUGAAGUGCAGCCCAGUCUGCCGUCUUUAUCAAAGCAGGAUUCACACACACACACACAAACAGAGAUGCGUCGUUCUGAAUGCAAAACAGUUGGCAAAAACCAUUCAUUCUAGCAGCGUUGCUGCCUUUCUCUGAUUCCUUUUUCAUCUUUACUCAUUCAUUUUUUGCUCCUCCUCUGCUUUAGAUCAUAUUAGUUCUUUCAGAGCGUUCGGCACGCAUUUAUGAGAGCGCGAGAGAGAGAGAGAGAGUCAGAGAGAGGCUGAGUGAGAGCGAGAGAUGCAGGAUGCUGAUGAUGUUGCCGCAGCACUGAUGAUGCUCCGGAGGGAGAAUGCUGAAAGACACACUAAACUCGAUCGCGUCCGUCUCAUUGCAUCUCUCUCGUGACAGGCUGCUUUUGGAGGAAGUUUAUAAGUGUGGCUAUUUUCAGCGUGUGAACGAGCAACUGCUGCUGCUCCGCGUUCACUGCUGUUUCUGUGGGGAUGUGAGUGAAGGAAUAUGAUACAGCUGCUCAUGGAAUAACAGCAGACCGCGGACGCACGCACACACGCUAUGGACAGAAUGGCAAGUUUUGGGAAACUUACGGAUUACUUUAACCGCCGGCGUUCCAGGGAUGAGCUCAUGGCUCGGAGGGACGGCCGUCGCAGUGGCAGUUACUGCUGCACGGUAGCCGAGGCCAGGUCUUUGGAGCGACGGCUACAGAGGCCUCUCUUGGCCAAAUCCAGGACAUUACCCAGCAUCCCUCAGUCCCCAGCCUCCGUCCGUGUGCAGCAGUCAGAGAACAUUUGUGAACGUCAACGGCGUCCGCGUGUUCCCUCCAGCCCUGGUGGUCUUGAAGCGUGUACCCUGCCUCCUGCAGGCGAGAUGUGGCGGCUGGAAGAUGAAAAUGAGGCAGACGUCGCUCCGGGUGCUGUCGACCCGCGGCCGCGCUCUCAGUCGCCCUUCUCACAUUUCCGGCGGCGGGCGGCGUAUCUGAGAAAAAGCAUCUCAGCCGAUGAUCACCUGGGAGAGGCGGAGUUUGAACCCGGCCAGCCAGAGGGGAGGAGCUUCGCCGAUCCCAAAGUCAAACUGAAGAGGAAGUUUAGUCUGGGCUCCAUCGACAGGAAGGGAACACGGCAGAGAAGGACUGAGUCUGGGAUUGUGAAGUUCACCCAGAGACUCUCUUUGAAGGACAAACACUGCAAGGAGGACAGGAGUCAGUCGUCCAGACCUCCGGCCUACAGGAGGCGCUCUCUCAGCGUAGACUGGGCCGAAUCCAAAAUGACUCAACAGAUUCCCGACCCCCAUCCUCUGAUUCCACGCAAAUACUCCAGCACGUCAUGUUCGUCUCCGCCAAGCGCCGCGCGACGCCUCUACAGAAACCUGUCUGGAAAGUUCCGCACGGCCAACUUGGCUCUGGAUGAUGCGGCGCUCCCGAUCCAGUCGGACAAGGACCAUUCGCACAAAACCACCAUGUUCCAGGGAAACGAGGCUCUGUUUGAAGCCGUGGAGCAUCAGGAGCUGGACGUUGUGGAGUCUCUGUUGAACACCUUCAGUCUGGAGGAGCUGGACUUAAACACACCCAACAGUGAAGGACUGCUGCCGCUCGACAUCGCCAUCAUGACCAACAACGUCCCCAUGGCCAAACUUCUGCUGAGAGCCGGGGCCAAAGAGAGUCCCCACUUUUUAAGUCUUGAAGGCAGAGCCACUCACCUGGCCUCGCUGGUGCAAGAGGCGGAGCAUCGCAUAGCAGAGCUGGUUGCCCAGGUGACGGGGGAGGAGCCUGUGGAAAGGGAGGAGUCAAACAGAGAGAGACAGCUGAAAACCUGGGAAUGGAAGCUCCGCCUCUACAAACGCAUGCAGACGGGAUUCACACACGCCAGUCCUCCUGAGCCACCCAGCGUCGUUGAUCUAUCUGUCAGCAGUAGCACCAGUCUCAGAGUUUACUUCCAAGAGCCUCUCUGUCACAACUCUGCUGUUAUUACCAAAUACCGCGUGAGCUGGAGCAGCGUUCCUUCAUUUACUCCAUUACUGGGUGAGACGGUCAUUGAAGACGUGACUCAGCUCCAGUAUGACAUCACUGGACUUCCAGCGUGCACCUGCUGUUAUGUCCAGGUAUCAGCAUAUAAUAUGAAGGGAUGGAGUUCACCUCAGAUAUCUGAACCCGCUUGUGCUACAGUCUCAAGUUGGAGGGAGGUGGAUGGUCUUCUGCCCCGUCAGCAGGGUCUGAAAGAGGCGUUAGAGCAGCUCCUGGGGCAAAUUAAAGGGGCGCACCAUCACUGCGCCUGCCACGAACAAUGCAAAGCCCCGUCGAACACCAGGAAACACUCUGUUUCUAAAAGUCUGAGGCAUCUCUUCCAGCCCACCAGCAAAUUUGUCAAAAAUCUGAAAAGAGGUCUUUAUCUGGCCUGUAUAUUUUAUAAAGAUGAAAAAGUUCUGGUGACUCCAGAGGAUCAGCUGCCUGUCGUCGAGGUGGACGAUUCGUACAGCUGUCACGCUCAGGAUUUACUCUGGUUCACAAAGGUGUCACAUCUGUGGGAGGAGCUCACCUGGAUGCAGCAGUGCAUCAGUCCUGCGCACGCCUCCAGUUCCUGCACGCUUCAGACGCGUCUCAAACUGCUGCAGGCGGCUGGGCAGCUGCAGGCCCUCCUGGGCACAGUGGAUCUGGGGCAGGUGUAUUUUGAGCCCAUCAAGGACAAGCAAGGUAACGCGGUGUUGGUGCUGAUGAAGGACAUGAGCGCAUGCGCGCCACUGGAAGGGGUACGCUGGAUUCCUGUCAGUAAAUUCCAGCUGCAGCGCAGGUCUUCCUCUUCUUCAUCAGAAGAGCCCAGCGCACUGGAGACACUUCUCACCACACUGCAUGAGAAGCUGGCGUAUCACCGGCGCAGCAGGAAGUGUCUGUCUCCGGGCCUGUAUCUGGGAUACCUGAAGCUCUACACCUCAGUGGACCAGAUCAGGAUGCUGGUGUCACACAAACACCCAAACGUGUUGUGCCACGUCAAAAUACGAGACAACGGCCACGUCUCCAGGGAAGAAUGGCAGUGGCUUCAGUCGCUGAGUUCACUGGAGGACAGCGCAAAGGUUUGUGACGAUGUCCAGAGUGCUCCACAUCGCCUCCUACUGGACUUACGAACCGCUGCUAAAGAUUUACUCGCCUACAUUAACAUUCCCAACCACCAGGCGCAGGAUUUCCGUGUGUAUGUGAAGGAGGUGGUUGAGUUGGGAGGGGGCGUGUCCUUCCUGUUGCUCCUCCCACCGUGUGAGGAGGUGUGUUCUCCGCCCGGACAGAACCAUCACUGCUCGCCGCGCUCGGGAUUCCUCACCCUGCCGCUGCAGAUCUUUGAGUUAGUUCAUUUCGAGGCCUACUGCCCCAGUUUCAUCAGCCUGUACUGCCGCGUGUCAGCUCUGCUGGCUCUGGAGUCCCUGAUGUCCCAGCAGACUUUGCGUGAGGCAUUCUCUGAGUCCGAGCACUUCGCUGCCAAGCAGAAACAUCAGCAGGUUGAGGAGUAUUUGCAGCAUCUGGAGGAGCUGUGGCGUGAUGCACGGUGGAUGGUGGUCCUCCAGUCGGCCCGGUAUAAGCAUCAGAGCUCUGGAGUGAGCCUGGGCUGCAUUAUAGACUUCUCCAAAGAGAGUAUUCCAGAGAAACCAGCUUCCACUUCCUCUCAGGUGGACUACCUGCCCUCACCGACCCCGUCACCAGAGAGCACACGCAAACACAACGAUUGCCCCGGUCUGUCGGAUGAGGAUAACUCAUCGGAGGUGUUCCUCACCACUGAUAGCGAGUACAGCUCCAGUGUGGCCCAGAGCACCAGAGAGCUGGACCUGCUCCCACCGUCACCUACCAGCUUCAGGUCCGUGGCGUCCACACACCCUUCCUCCUCCUCACAGUCCUCGCCUCACUCCUCUCAGCCGGACGUGCUGCAGACCGGAGGAGGGGUGAGCAGACGCGAGCACAUGAGCGCCUUCGACAGCGACUUCAUCCUGCCGAGCCGUCAGAUCGAGCUGCUGCGGGUCACCGAGAAGAGAACGGCGCUCUGCGUCCGCACCAGCAGUCUGGAAUACCCGCCUCCCGUCUCCAUGCCAACCACGCCCACCAGCUCCUCCAAUCAGAAGGGCUGGACACGCCCCCCCUCCUUCGACCUCUGCUUCUCCGCUCCCGAGCCCCGCCCCGCGCCGGUGCGCACCCUAUCAGAGGACAGCGGAGUCCAGCGACUCUCCGCCGGUUCCCCUCACCGACUGUGCCACAGCACACUGAGAGUUUACCCACAAUACCGCACCGGCUUACCCAAAGACACCAGUGUCAAACUACGCGUGACUCCAGAGACGUCGGCUAAAGAGAUGGUGGGUCUGGUGGUCCAGGAGAUCAACGCGGUGUGCCGUCACCUGCAGAAAGCAGCACAGCAGUGCACCUGUGCCCCGGGUCAGUGUGGAUACCCGUCCUGUGCAUCUGAGGUGUGUGUGUAUGACAGCGAGCAGCUCCAGCACUUCGGUCUGGUUCUGCUGGUGGAGGGGAGAGAGAAAUGGCUACAGGACGACUUCUGCCCGCUCAAGCUACAAAACCCAUGGACUCGCGGCAAACUCUGCGUCCGCUUCAAAGAGUAUUCACCGCUCGCGCUGCAGCACAGCAGAGCCACGACUGUUUGAUCACUCAAGCCUGUAAAUACACACACACUGGCUGAAGUGCGUAGACUACUGGUGUUUUGCUACUUGCUUCGUUUUUGAAUCACUUCAUGAGGUCUUAAGGUUCAUGAUUAGCUAAGCGGCUUCACCAAGACUGAUCCGCUCUCCUGCACUGGGUUUUAUUCACGCUAACCUUACGAGAAAAUCAACUUCAAGUGCUGAUCACUCACUAAUAAGAGUUAAAGUCAACAUCAAAUCAAAACUUAUGUUGCACAUUAUUUUCUAAAGAUUUUCAUAAUCCACCCACUGCUUUAUAUACACCAUACUAUAUGCAUAAAAUUGAUUCGAAAUGACAGUAAAUACAAAUAUAACUAUUUAUUUUAAAUAAAUGCUGUUCGAACUUUCUAUUCAUCAAAGAAUCCUACAAAUAAAACGUAGCAUGGUUUCUACAAAAAGAAAUAUCAAGCA